AUGACCAUCCUCCGACACCUCCAACUCCCCUCACUGACCUCCUACGCUCACGCCGCCGCCCUGCAAUCUCGCCUCGUCGCAGCUCAGCUCGCCCACAAAGCCUGUCGAAACCCACCGAUUCCCGAACCUACCAUCAUCACCGCCCAAUUUCACCCGGUCUACACCUGCGGACGGCGAGAAGUAGGAUCUGUGUCGGCGGAGCAAAAAGCAUACUUGACGGAGACUACGCCGUGGGGUCGCGCGGACUUUGUGGAAGCGCUACGAGGUGGACAGACGACAUUUCAUGGUCCGGGACAACUCGUCGCAUAUCCGAUCAUCGAUCUCAAGCGACACGGAAUCACACCACGGUGCUACGUUCGACUUUUGGAGAAAAGCGUGAUGAAGUUGUGUGAAGAGUUCGGCGUGCAAACAAAGACGACGGAACACCCAGGCGUAUGGACCAUGGACGAGGAAAGGAAGAUGUGUGCUGUCGGCGUGCAUUUGAGAAGGAAUGUGACCAGUCAUGGCGUGGGACUGAAUGUGUCAACGGAGAUGGGAUGGUUUGAGAGAAUCGUUGGGUGUGGCCUGGAGGGCAAAGGAGCGACGAGCUUGUCCGUUGAGAGAGCGGGAAGAGGAGACUUGGGCGUUGAUGAGGUCGGGGAUGCCUUUGUGAGGGUAUUUGGGGAGCUGAUGGGUGGAGUCGAUGCCGUUGCGAGGAUUGAAAAGGAGGAUGUCGAUUGA